UCAUCGCUUGGAUUCUAACUGCCAACUUUCCCCAACUUUUGCCUCCUCACCUGCACCUGCUCAUCGCCGCCUUACCACUGCUGCAGCCGUAGCAGCAGCUGAAGGAGCAGCAGCAGCAGCAGCAACAACAGCGGCAGCAGCAGCAGUGGCAGCAGCAGCAGCGACAGCAGCAGCAACAGCAACAGCAGCAGCAGCAGAAGGAGCAGCAGCAGCAGCAGCAGCAGCAGCAGCAGCAGCAGCAGCAGCAGCAGCAGCAGCAGCAGAAGGAGCAGCAGCAGCAGCAGCAGUAUCUACAGCCAUCCCCAUCCUCUCCUCCCCUUUGAGCCGCCGCGGGUCCACCCGCCGCCGCUCCCUCCCGGCCACCGCGGGUCCACCCGCCGUCGCCUUCCUCCCACUCCGUUCACACAGCCGCGUCGUGGCGGGCGCCCACGUGGCGGCCGCACCAACCCUCAGGGAGGGGGUGGAGGUGGCGGUUGUGGGGGCAGCGGAGCCGGCGGCGGUGGUGGCGGGGUCGAGGGUGGCAGCAGUGGUGGUGGUGGAGGCAGUGGUGGCUCAUCUGGUAGCCGUGGUGGCCGCCCUGGCACUCUCCCCCCAUUGAUUUCCAGUACCCCGUGUCUU